AUGAAAAUUUUGGUAAUUUUGCCAACUGUAAUAUUUCUUUUCUUUUACAAAACCCGCGGUUUAGAUGGAUUUUGGAACGAUAACACUGUUAACGGUAAGAAAUAUGGCGAAUUUUCCGACGAAGAGAGACUGGAAAUGCUGGAGGCAACGAAACGCAUGUUUCAGUUUGGAUACGACAACUAUAUAAAAUAUGCAUUCCCUGACGACGAACUCAAUCCAAUCUACUGCAGAGGACGGGGACACGACCAUGCCGAUCCGUCUAAUAUCAACAUCAAUGAUGCUCUUGGUGACUAUAUCCUGACACUGGUUGACUCACUGGACACUCUUGCAAUAAUGGGUAACAGUUCAGAGUUUAAGCGUGCAGUGAAUUUGGUUGUGGAAAAUCUAUCAUUUGAGAAAGCCAAUACAAUCCAAGUCUUCGAGGCAACAAUUAGGGUUCUUGGUUCUCUGUUGUCUGCCCACCUUAUCAUAACAGACCCUGACCAACCAUUUGGCGACAUGGUCCCUCCUCAUUAUGACAAUGAGCUUCUUUCAUUGGCCAGUGACCUUGCCACAAGACUUCUUCCAGCUUUUGAGAAUACAGCUACUGGAAUUCCAUUUCCAAGGGUUAACUUGAAACAUGGUGUGCCAAUAAAUAGUGUAAAUACAACUUGUACAGCAGGGGCUGGUACCCUGGUCCUUGAAUUUGGUGUGUUGUCACGGUUAUUAGGAGAUCCAACAUACGAAUCAUUUGCUCGUCGGGCGGUUAAGAAACUUUGGUCAUUUCGUUCCAAUAUAACAGGAAUGCUGGGUGAUGUCAUCAAUGUACAGACUGGGGAGUGGGUUGGUGAGAUGAGUGGUCUGGGAGCAGGACUGGAUUCUUUCUUCGAAUAUUUGCUGAAGGUGUUUAUAUUGUUUGGUGAAGACGAGGACUUGAAAAUGUUCAAUGAAUCUUACGAAACUAUAAAAUUUCACAUGAGGAGAGGGAGACAGAGAUGUAACACUGGCAACGGUUAUCCUCCUAUCUAUGUCAAUGUUAAUAUGAAAACAGGAAUUACCUCCAACAACUGGAUAGACUCGCUACAGGCUGCCUGGGCAGGUGUACAGGUACUGAAGGGAGAUGUAGAAGAGGCCAUCUGUUCUCAUGCUCUUUUCUAUUCCAUUUGGCAAAAAUAUGGGUUUUUACCAGAACGAUUUAAUUGGCACUUGAAGGCUCCUGAUGUUUUGUUUUACCCCCUGCGACCAGAACUGGUGGAAUCUACCUAUUUAUUAUAUCAGGCCACCAAGAACCCCUUCUAUCUCCAUGUGGGCAGGGACAUCUUCACCAGUAUAGACGAGCACGCCAAGGCCAAGUGUGGCUAUGGUACUGUACACGAUGUCAAUACUAAAUCCCUGGAGGAUCGUAUGGAAAGUUUCUUCCUCAGCGAGACGUGUAAAUAUCUGUAUCUGUUAUUUGAUGAAGACAAUCACGUAAACAAGGAACAGUCACGGUAUAUCUUCAGUACAGAGGGUCACCUAUUUCCUGUGGAUAGAAAACUCCGUUUGAAACCUUGGCAAACUGAGGAAUUCAAUACAUAUGCCAAAAAGAAGAAACGGAAAGUUGCUUCUGUUGUCAGUGUAAAGCACAAUUCAACUUAUUCCAACUGUGAUAACAUUCCAACAGAACGUCGCUACUUCAUGCCUAUACUCAGUCCCUACUUGGAGCAGGUCCAGGAUACCAUUGGACUGAGCUGACCUAUAAUAAAAAGCAUAUCUCUUUGUUGGUGUUUACCAUACAACAGUAUUUGAUUGUGUCGCCACAGUGCAGUUAUGAAUUUGUUGUCAUGGUGAGGAUUGUACAUUAUCGUUGUGAAGAAUAUAAAGCUUUGUUACUAGUGAAGAUUGUACAACUUUGUUGUCAGGAUGAAGAUUGUACAACUUUGUUGUCAGGACGAAGAUUGUACAACUUUGUUGUCAGGACGAAGAUUGUACAACUUUGUUGUCAGGACGAAGAUUGUACAACUUUGUUGUCAGGAUGAAGAUUGUACAACUUUGUUGUCAGGACGAAGAUUGUACAACUUUGUUGUCAGGAUGAAGAUUGUACA